AUGGCCAGACUCUUGGGUCUCGCGCUAGGCUUGCUGCCGUUUGCCGCUCGCUUCGUGUCGGCGGCGACGGUCAUUGCCCACUUUAUGGCGCAACAAUCGUACUCGUACUCACAGAAUGAUUGGGCAAACGACAUUGCCUCUGCUCAGUCUAUUGGCAUUGAGGGCUUCGCCCUCAACGUCGCCUUCGCCGACUACGAAGUCGACCGCAUCGUGCAGGCCUACGCCGCCGCCGAGGCCGCCAACUUCAAGCUCAUGUACUCCUUCGACUUUGCUGGCGGCUCCUGGUCUCAGGACCAGGUCGUCUCCCUCAUCGCCGCGCACGCAAAUUCGCCCGCGACCCUCCGUUGGAACAACAAGGUCCUCGUGUCGACGUACAGCGGAGAGGGCAACGGCGACGGCUUCUUCGCAGGCGUGAAGAACACGCUCGCUGGGCAGGGCAUCGAGAUCACGUGGGCGCCGGCCUUCGUGGGCUACCGCAGCACAAGCGCGGCGGGCUCGGUCAUGGGCAACUUCCCGUCGAUCGAUGGCUUCUUCAACUGGUGGUCUUGGCCCAACGAUGUCAACGAGCCUCUGACGACGGAGAUCGACCUUGCUUUCCAGUCGGCGGUCAAGUCUGCGAACCGCGGUGGCCCGUACAUCAUGUCUCAUAAUGGACAUCCAGCCGUUUCCCCCUGGCAAUUCAAGGACCUCAACGGCGAUGGAUGGGUUCAGCAGAGCGACACGCUGUGGAACUACCGCUGGAAGCAGGCCAUCGACGAGGUCCGCCCCGACAUUGUUGAGAUUGUCACCUGGAACGACUUUGGCGAGUCGCACUACAUCUGUGACAUCAACUACAACGUCGACAUGGGCGACGCGAUAAACUACGUCCGCGGCAUCAAUCACUCUGCCUGGCGCACCGUCGCCAAGUACUACAUCGCGUGGUACAAGACCGGCAGCAAGCCGACUCUGACCGAGGACACCGUCGUGUACUGGUACCGCACGCACCCUAAGGGCGUUUCCUGCUCCGGCGGCGCACCCGUGCGCAUGUCUUCCUACCCCGAGGACGCCAUCUUCGCGCUCGCCAUGCUCGCCGACUCGACGCCCUCCGCGACCGUCACGCUCGAUGUCGGCUCGAACCAUGCCGAAUUCACCGCGAACGGGGGAAACCUCACCAUCGGGAAGGUGCCGUUCCCGAAGGAGGACGGGCAGACGCCGUGGUUCAAGCUCGUCAAGAAUGGCGCGACGGUGAAGGAGGGCUCGGGCAACUACGAUAUCACGACUAACUGCGCGUACUACAACUUCAACCCGACGGUGGGGCAGUUUAAGUACGGGCGGUUGAUUACCGGCUUCAAGAUCCUGGAUACAGGCAUUCCGGAUAGUGAUUUCGCCGGAUACCUCACUCUCGUCUUCCUUCACGGUUAUGGUAUACCCUCGAUAGGUGUGCGCCUCAUCGCGGUGAAUCGUCGUGGCUACCCAGGCUCCUCGCCUUACACCGCAGCGGAGUCAUUCACCCUCAAGAACGGCACGCUAGAGGAGCGCGCUGCCAUCUAUCGUGAUGAGGGGCAUCACUAUGCACAGCUUCUCGAUGCCUUGGUCCAAGACGGAACUGUCGGGCCAGGCGGCGUCGCGCUCGUUGCCUGGUCCAUUGCGAAUGCGCAUCUGAGCGCGACGAUUGCAGCGGUGCAUGAACUUCCGGAUGUCACCAGAGAGCGCCUCAGCAAGCACUUGAGAACGUUCAUCUACUUUGAAGCAGUCCCCAAACCCAUGGGCAUGCUCAACCCACCUGACGGCUACAUCCCGGGCGACCCUGAAGCCAGCGGCCACUGGUUUGCCUCUUACUUUGCGCAUGACCUCGCCUCGCGCGACGUCAACAAGCUAGAGAAGCAGCACUCCGAUCCCACGAGACCUGCCACCGACGCUAUCGAGGGCUUUUACGCCAAGUUCGCGGACAUCGCGGGUGCGGCGAGCAGCGACGAGCUCUUGUUCAAGCCCGACAUGCUGGCCCACCUUCGUGCUGCGCGAGACAAGGCACUAUUCGACGGGGAGGUGCGGCGCGCUUGGGGUAAUCCGAAGGUUGCGUAUGUAUGGGGAGGGUCGAGCGUGUGGACGUCGGUUUGGAUGGCAUGGGCGUUGGAGGAUGAGUGCAAGGCGCGAGGCUUGGGCAAGCUGGACUUGAUCUUUUAA